AUGCCGACCCUUCGGCUCUCCCCUCUCUUCCUCCUCUCCUGCCUGGUGCUGCUGGUCUGCCUGGCACGUCCCGCCCAUGCCUUCGGCGCUGGCAACAUCGCCUCGACCGCCAAAAUCGAGGGCCAGAACUGGCGCCAUGGCGACAUCGAGGACACCCUGCUUGCCCUUCUGAUGGGCCGUGCCGGCAACGGCAAGAAGUUCACCAAGAUGGACGUCAAGCGCGUCUACUUUGGCAAUUGGCUCCGUGAUUACUCCCAGGCCGUCGAUGUCGGUGCUCUCAAGAUGGUCAGCUCCGAGGCCAUCAGGCUUCUGCUUUGGAUCCUCGGCUUCAUGACCUUCGGAUACGGUACUGGCGAGUUUGAAGUCACCGCGGAGCGUCUUGGCUGCUACCGCCCCGAAGAGCACAUUGACAACCCCAAGGACUACGCGGACAACUUGGAUGCCCGCGAAUACGACCAGCGUCUCCGUGGUCCGGUCGACGAAAGCGUCGAGCUCGCCAUUGACGAGCGCACCGGCCUGAAAAACUACAUUGCCAACGAAGAUGCGGGCAUCGAGACCUCCGCCGGUCUCGUCCGCCAGCUCUUCAGCCGCUCGAUCAAGCUCGCCCGCCGCUACAACGAGAAUGGAAACAAGGACGACUUGUACGAGGCCCUGAGGCUUCUCGGUACUGGCUGCCAUUGUCUUGAGGAUUACUCUGCUCACUCCAACUUCACCGAACUCUGCCUUCGUACUCUUGGCGAGAGCGAUGUCUUCCCCCACGUUGGCCGCAACGCCAAGGUCCAGGUCGAGGGUGUCGACCGCCCGAUCUACCCUAUCGUUACCGGUACUUUCGGUGGUGUUGAUUUCUUGCACUCUGUCAUGGGCGAGGUCAACGACAAGGCUACCCAGUCUGAGAUCCAGGAGCUUGAGGGCACCAUCAGCGACGCUCAGCAGAACACCGAGGCCAAGAGCAUGGUCAAGGAUCUCCUCAGCAAGCUUCCGGACGGUAUGUUCGGUGGCAAGGAUGAGGCCGGCAAGGCUGAUGAGCUCGAGGCCAACGCCACUGCUGGACAGAUGGAGAACAUGGAGAUCACGCCCAAGGAGCCCGAGGCUUUCGUUGAGCAGGCUGAGCAGAUCCGCCGCCAGAUCUUGCCCAUCAUGGAGUUCCACGACGAGAUCAUGCAGUCUGUUUCCGCGGCCAUUGACAACCUCCCUAUUCUGCCCGACCUUAUCGAGGAGUUCACGAGCCAGAUCAACAUCUUCGUCUUCUCUCUUAUCGCUCCCUUCAUCCUUCCCCUGCUCAAGCAGGUCAAGUCUGAGCUUCAGACCGGCUCUUCUGAGGUCAUUCAGUCCUCUGUUGACAAGCAGCACAUUGUCUUCAACGAUGAUGAGUGCACCGAUCCCACCCACUCUAUGUUGUCCAAGGACCACUUCAGCAACCUCCUGAACGAGCCUGCUGGCAAGAUUGCUUCUCAGGUCCUGAAGUGGGUCGUUCCCCAGAUUGUCGAGUGCUGGGAUGAUGAGAACGUCGACGUCGACCGCACCCUUGACCGCAUCGUCGCCGGUGUCUUCCACCACCCCGCUCAGCGCGAGCAAGGUCGCGACGGCGCCAGCGAUGGCCGUCAGCUGAUGUUCCGCGUUGUCCAGGAGUGGUGGGAGGGGAAGAGCGACCGCGAGAAGGAGGACCUCCGUGAGAAGCUGUCCCGCGACGGUGUUGAGAACGGACGCAAUCACAAGGAGGGAGUCCACGACUCGGGCCACGGCUGUGGCAAGCCGCUUGGCAUGGCCAAGGUUGGCGGCGCCAGCGGUGGUGGUAGCUCCGGCGGCCAGCAGAACAAGGUGGCCAGCAACAUCGGCUCGGGCGUCAGCGAAGCUGUUGGCGGCGGCGUCCUUGGAGGCAUGUUGGGAGGCCUCGUUGGCAACACCAUCAGCAACGUGAUGGAAAACGAGAAGAAGAGCGAGGUGGUUGAAGACUCUUACCACAAGUCUGGUUCUGGGUCUGGCUACGGCGGUGGAUCUUACAACGAGAGCUCCAGCCGCCGCCGUGGCAGUGGUGACAAGUCUGAGUACCGUCGCACCGAGUACGACGACGGCAGCGGCUCCCGUGAGGAGUACUCACGCCACGGAACCCAGGGCGGCUCCAGCUACGACUACCAGGCUAGCUCCGAGCAGCGUAGCUAUGGUUCUGGAGGCUACCAGACACGCACUGAGGAGAGCAGCUACGAGUAUUCGUCUGAGUCGAGGCACAAGGGCCGUCGCUCGGACGAUGAGGGCUCGGACGAUGAUGAGAAGCGCCGCAAGAAGGAGAAGAAGCGCCGCGAGAAGGAGGAGAAGAAGCGUCGCAAGCAGGAGCGCGGCGAUUACGGUUCCGAUGACAACGAUGAUUCUGACGAUGGCAAAAAACACAGGCGCCGUUCCGGCUCUCGAGAGCGUCGCGGUUCCGGCGAGCGUCGUCGUUCUGGCGAGCGUCGUGGUUCCGGCGAGCGUCGUGGUUCCGGCGAGCGUCGCCGUUCCGGCUCUCGUGAGCGUUACGGCGGUGGAAGCAGCGGCUAUGGCCAGGAGAGCAGUGGCUACGGCGGCAGCUCCGGCUAUGGUGGCAAUGAGCGCUCCGAGUACAGCUCUGGAGGCGGCUAUGGCGGCAGCUCCGGUGGCUAUGGCGGCAGCUCCGGUGGCUACGGUGGCGGCUCCGGCGGCGGUUACGGCGGCCGGUCUGAGUACAGCUCGGGCGGCGGCGGCGGCGGUUAUGGCGGCGAUGGCUACGGCGAACGCCCUCCUCCCCGUGAGGAAUUCGGCGGCGGUGGCUACGGUGGCGGCGGCCGCGACCGCAUGCCCGGCGGUUUCGAAGAAGAGGGAGACGAGUACGGUCGUCGUCGUGAGGGCGGCGGCGGCUACGGCCAGGGCGGUGGCUACGGUGGUGGCGGGUAUGGCGGCAGCGGAUACUAA